AAUACAUUAUUCAUUGGAUGUCUGGAAGAAUGGAAUGUGACAUUUCAAUCAUGCACCACCGACUGAAUGCACUGAUGGAUAUGUUCGGGGGCCUCCACUUCACUGUUCUAGGGUUCUGCUGUAACCAAUUUGGUCUCCAGUCGCCAGAGGUGAACAGUGAAACACUAAAUAUACUUAAGUAUGUGCGACCAGGAGGGGGAUUCAUACCCAAGUUCCCUGUGUUUGGGAAGGUAGAGGUGAAUGGGUUAAGCGAAGAGCCACUUUUCACCUAUCUCAAGGACUCUUUGCCUUUUGUAAACCCUGUUAUUGGAGACAUAAAGAAAUUCUACUGGUCACCUAUCAGAGUCAAUGACAUUCGAUGGAAUUUUGAAAGGUUUCUAAUCACUGCAGAUGGUGUGCCAUUCAGACGUUAUGAACUUCACUGUCCUGUUUCAACGGUGGAAAGAGAUAUUGCUGAACUACUAUAGUAGUAAAUGUCUUAAUUUUCCCAAAAUGUGUGUUCAACAUCAGUGGUAGAGUGACGAUCCCUCUGUAAAUGCAGACAUGCACCUGAGCUGGAUCUGAUGGGGAGGAGCCUGACUCAGAGAUUUAGUGCAUUCACUCUGAGGACUGCUUCCCUUGGACCAUUGGUGUUGAAUUUGUUUAUCGGCUCUCAAUACAGCCAUGUUGUAAAUCAAACAUAAAUAAGUAUGUGCUAAAAUAGUACAUGAAUAAACAACCUUUAUGCAUCUA